GCUUGCCAAGGAUUUACUUAUCUUCGAUAAAAAUGGCUCAAACAGCUCCUGCUGGUUAUCCAACUACAUCCGGGAAUGCUAGUUUACCACCCGCACCGCCACAAACAGGGCAUGUAAAACCUCAAUAUCCUGGUCAAAUUGCUCCACAACAGCCUGGAGUCCAGUAUGGAUACCCUCCUGCAACCGUCGUUGUUACCCAACCAGGAAUUGCGCCAAUGGGGCCGACACAGCCUGCCCCAGCUUCCUAUAUGAUCGCUUCCGUCAUCGGAUGCCUGUUUUGUCUCUGGCCUCUAGGUAUCGGUGCAAUUGUAGCCUCGUAUAACGUUCAAUCUGCUGUUGCCCGUGGAGAUAUUUCAUCAGCACAACGAUCAUCAAAUGUAGCGAAGAUUGUCAACAUCGUCAAUUUUGCAAUCGGUUUUGUCAUCAUCCUGACUCUUGUCAUUCUGUACACGAGUAUCGCAUCUCAAUCCGUAUACUACUGAUGUCGCUAGAUGUAUCUCCAAACUUUCCAACGUUUGUACAAAUGGUAUAUAUAUAUAUAUCUAGAUGUAAAGUGGUCAUCUUUCAUCCAUAUCUUAUCUUCUGAAAGGCAUGUUUCUUAUACUGCCAGGUCAAUCGAAGGACAAAUUAGACCAUAAUAUGUUACACAAGGAAAACCGGCUGGUCUGUAACGUCUAAUAUAAACAAUCAACUACAGUUUUAUAUUUACAACAAAAACAUAUCUAUAUUUAUAAUAGACAUUUAUAUACUUGAUUACUUUUAUUCUUAUCAAUAUCUACUGUAGAUAUUAUCUCCCUUUGAUUCAUCAUCAACAUGGAGUCCAGUAAUACAGUUUGUGUUUCCGGCUCUAUCAGGAGCAGAUAACUUGUAGAGGGUUAAACAACAAAAUUAAUUUUAACUCCUCG